AUGCAGACACCUCCCCGCGCCGCCUCGCGCCGCGGAGACUUUUUCGCGUCCCGACAGGCGGCGCCGGCGUGCUACUACUACGCGGUGAUCGUGCUUCUCGCCGCGCUGCUGCUCGCGAAUGGCAGCGACGCCGCCGCUGUCGCAGGUCAGUCUUGCGUCGGCCCGUCCUUCCACCUUCCUUGCCUCCGGUUUAUUCCCUUGUCCGAUCGACUCGCGUCGCGCAUCCCAGGCAACAAUCUCCCCGGCCCCUCCCCUCCCUCCCCUCCCUCCCUUCCCUCCUCUUCCUCCUCUUCCUCCCCUUCCUCCCCUUCCUCCCCUUCCUCCCCUUCCUUCCCUUCCUCCCCUUCCUCCCCUUCCUCCCCUUCCUCCCCGUCCUCCAUCCAUCCGAUGCGACCUGUGCACGUCGAUAAGACAGUCCAAUCGCCCUUCUCAUCAUGUUUCAUAAAAGCAGCAACCGCCAAAUCCCUUCCUGUCGCUCCCUCCCCGUCUGACCCCGUACCACUG